AUGAAGAAAUGUGGGGUCACAUUCAGUAUAUGGAACAAGCCAGAUGAGAAUGGGAACCUCACUGAUAAAUAUGACUGGACCAGCCUAAUGGGGGCUGAUAAAAAAACCCUCCUUUACAACCUUCCUGACUCAUUUGCAGAAUUUGUUUCCCCAGAUAACCUUGAAACUGUGACUAAAAUUUGGAAGGUAAUUAUAUUAGGUUUAAUUAGGUUAGGUUUUAGAUUACGAGGAACAAUACUAACAAUAUACCCUCAAGCUGUACAAGCUAAAACUUAAAUUAUAUUCAAAUCAAAAGGAAUAAAGAGGCUACCUAUCUAUGAAACAAUUACCCUAUAAUUAGCUUGCUUCUGUGGCUGUAUUAGUACAAUCACUAAGUUGAUCAAUUAGAGCAAUGUACAGUAAUGAAAUACAGUCUGUCUACAGAAAGGUGAAAACCAGUGACAAAUUUUAGAACUGGACAACUAUAGCUACAGUGGCUGUUAUAUUUUCAGGAUUUCCAGGAAGUGUAUGGUAUUGUGAACUCUUGGAACCCUUCUGAGGAAAACGUUGAACAGUUUUUUUCAAAGGUGAGAAUUCAACUUAAUUAACCCUUUAAGUGGCAAUGCACCCUGAUGCACCCUACUUUAUUAUUUUACUCUGUCUAAUGCCAUACAAUUUUACUUGCCAAGGGGAGAGUGCUGCCGCUCAAUGGGUUAAUGAUAAAAUUCUCAUUGAAAAUUUUUAUUCCUACCAUCCUUACAUAUACAUGUACUGUUCUAUAUCUUGUAGGCAACAGAAUGGCUAAAGCUUUUUUUAACACUUGGUGGUAUUGAAGAUGGCUAUAAAAAAGCAAAUGUCACUCCAUAUAUGCACAUCUUGUGCUAUCAUGUGCCAUUCUUUUUGGCUACAAGUGGUGUAAAAUGUUUUACUGGACAAGGAGUUGAGAAAGUAAAUGAUGUCAUUCGGAGACUUUACCACCAAAAAAGCAACAAGUAUGAUGCCUGUACAGAUGGACUUCAAGCUGUAAAAAGACUUGAUGACCUACAAGACUUUGACCGAAAACCCAGAAGUUACAAGCAACAGGAUGCUUCAUACUGGAAUAGUGGAAUAAUAGAAGAGAGGCAAAAACGACCAUGGCUUAGUGUUACCCCACUGGAUGAUGAUGAGGAGAAUGUUGACAACAUGAAUGAGGCAGAAGUUAAAGCGAAACUAAAAGAGAUGGGUGUUAAAACUCGUGUUAAGAAUGCAGAAAAACUUAGACAACUUUUAAAGGAUGUUAUCUUCGCUGCAUCCUAA